AUGGACCAACGACAGCAUGAACCUUACCGCCGCCGGAGACCCGCGCUCUCAUGUCUUGAAUGUCGGAGACGCAAGCUCAAGUGCGACCGAAGUAACCCUUGCGGCCGCUGCGUCUCGACUGCGACACAGUGCAAUUACAGGAUCCAUCAGCAGAAGCCUGGAGCUAGGCAUCGGCAAACUCGCCGGAUAUCCAGCUCCUCAGUGCCAAGCCCGGCAGCUGCCCCUCCAGCCUCGCCGCCAUCACAAGUCGACGCAACAGGUGGCGCCACGGCAUGGACGCUUGGGCCAAAUGACUUGUCAAACACACCAGGUGCAAAUGAGAUCCAAAAUCCGAGUCGCUCCCGGUUCGUGGAUCCCGAGCUCCAUCAUCUCAGGGAGCGGGUACAGAGGCUUGAGCGGUCCCUUGUACAUGUUCCCGUACACGAUUUAUCCCAGGCUGGCAGAGAUGUCCUCGCUGGUGAGUCGGGUAUGCCGGAUGCCCGUAUCAUCUUGAAUAAAACCAGAAUUAUGAGAUGGAGCCAUUGGGUUGGCAUAGCCAAAGAGUUUGCCCCCAUCAUCUCCUGUUAUGGUGCGAUCUGUGGCUAUGGAGAUAUGAACUCGUUACAGAGCGCUGAAACUAGAGCGCUGAUUGUCGAGACCAGCGGCUUGCUCCAGAAAUGCAAAAGCGUGGCUAGAAAUCUCAAGAUUGGGCGACCUAGUAGAUGCCUUUCGUCGCUGAGCUUUGAUCUGACGCCCCCUUCCCGUGAGGUAGCAGACAAGAUGACAGCCUUGUAUUUCCAGUCAUUCGAGUCAACGCACCGGAUUCUACAUGAGCCGACAUUUUGGAAAGUAUACAAUAGAUUCUGGAGCAACCCCGAGAGUGCUUCAUCCAAGCUACGUCUCCAGGUUCUUCUUGUCAUUGCGAUAGGGUCCAGUUUGGCUCCGCAUGUGGAAUCCGAUGCCGGACUUCGCCAUACGGUGCAUCAAUGGAUAUACGCAGCUGAAACCUGGCUCUCUGGACCGCUGGAAAAGGAUCGCCUCGACAUCUCCGGGCUGCAAAUACAUUGUUUGGUCAUGCUGGCUCGGCAAAUCUUUUCCAUUGGAGGGGACCUCGUCUGGAUAUCGUCCGGUUCGCUCAUCCACCGGGGGAUGCAAAUUGGUUUGCAUCGGGACCCCAAGCAUCUGCCUCCCAUGUCUAUAUUGCAAGCGCAGCUGCGUAGAAGAUUAUGGGCUACGAUAUUAGAGCUUGUUGUUCAAUCGUCGCUCGACUCAGCAUUGCCGCCGAGGAUCUCUUUCGAGGAAUUUGAUACAGAGCCACCAGCUAAUAGUAAUGACAAUGAGAUAAGAGAGUCGGCGACUGAACUGAAGCCUCACACCAAGGAGACCUUUACUAGUACUUCUAUGCAGCUCAUCCUCCUUGAUUCGCUACCGAUGCGGCUUCAGAUUCUUAACCUCCUGAACGGCCUAAACUCCGAGCUGUCCUACCUAGACGUGCUUGACCUAAGCACAGAUAUCCUUCAAACUUGUCGUCAGUGGAAUGCUUUCGCAAGAGAAAAUAAAGCCUUUGGUGUAACCCCAUUUCACCGAAAUUUACUCGACUACCUUUUACGUCGUUUUCUAAUUCCCCUUCAUUGUCCCUUUGCUAACAAAGCGCGAAUGAACCCGUUGUUUCAUUAUUCUCUCAAGGUUAGCAUAGAUACCGCCACGACCAUAGUCUCUCCUGAGCCAGAUGAAGGAUUCUCUAAUCUUAUGGCGAUUGGAGGAGGACUGUUCAGAGAGGGUAUUCGAUAUGCGACGAGCAUUAUUAGUCUCGAGCUUCUCGCUCAGGCCGAAACUCAGUAUCUCGAUGGGACCCUGCACCGCAACUCGCAUUACAUGAACCCGCUUAAAAAAGUCAUAGAAGAAAUGAAGUCCCUGUCAUUGGAGCGGAUUCGUCAAGGCGAGACGAAUGUCAAGAGCUACAUGUUCUUAUGCAUGAUCACGGCACAAGCGGAAGCCACGGAAGAAGGCAUAUCCAGUGAAGGGCGUAUUGCCAAGAGUGCAAGGGAUAGCAUUUCGUUGUGCUUGGAGCUGCUGCAAAAUCGUCUUGGUACUACUUCUUUAUCAAUGCCUACGACAGAUAUCGAAUCAACAAGUAUUGAUGAAAGAGAGGACUACACCUAUGGAUUGGACUUUGACAUGGACUUUUUCUUGGCGGAUACAGGAUUUACUUGA